CCUCUUCUAAAGCUUCUACAUCUCGUUCUGCAACGGUCCUUUGCGAUACAUCAAUCAAAAAGACCACGAGCAUCAACUCCGAAGUCCCAAAUGUCCACUGACGAGAUCAUCCUCUAUGACCUGCCUAGCAGAGGCACGCCCAAAUGCUGGAGCUUGAAUCCUUGGAAAGCCCGCCUCGCCCUCAACUUCAAGGACAUCCCCUACAAGACCGAAUGGAUCGAAUACCCAGACGUAGCACCCACUCUCAAGUCCUUCGGCAUCCCACCAAACUCACACAACGUGAACCCCAAUGCCGAAUACUCUAUUCCGGCAAUCAAGCUUCCAGGAAACAAGUACAUCAUGGACUCCUUGGCAAUCGCCCACGAGCUCGAACGUCUCUACCCAGAGCCCUCCUUGAAGUUCGCAAACAACGACUACGCCGCUCGCGUCCAAACAGCAGUAGCGGGCCUCUGGACCUCACUACAAGCGAUCGCUAUCCCUCGCGUUCCAGAGAUGAUCCUCAAUCCCAAGAGUGCAGAGUAUUUCAACUCUACGCGGGAGAAACGGUUCGGCAUGCCACUCACUGAGCUUGCGAAGAGCGAGCAGGCGGGCGAGCAGGCUUGGACGAACGCGGAGAGAAAUUUAGAUGCUAUCAAAGCUUUGCUCGAGGAGCAACAGGGCAGCUUUGUGCAGGGAGGCGGUGAGCCUAGUUUUGCGGAUUUCAUUCUCGCUGGUGCGUUUAGGCUUUUGGAGAUUGUGGACAAGGAGGGAGAUUUGUUUGGGAGGAUUAUGAAGUAUGAUGGGACUUUGAAGGAGCAUUACGAGGCUUGUAAGCCUUGGUUGGAGAGAGAUAAUUGAGGAGCCAGUGCCACUUCAUGCGAGAGGCUCUCGUUGCGAGAGAGAACUUGAGAUGGGUUUUGUGGUUGAGCAUUAUGCUGUAGAUGUCCGGAAACGUUUUUCGGUGAGUAUGACAUUUGACGAAAUGAUAACGCGUUGAUGUCUGUUCCCGAAGGCCAAGUAGAAUAAGAGCCAUCAUUCUCUGAUGAUAUUUGCAACGUCCAGC